AUGAGCCUUACAGACAUUCUAAGCCCUUCUGAUAUUGCUGCUGCUCUGCGGGACUGCCAAGCUCCAGAUUCCUUUAGUCCCAAAAAAUUCUUUCAGAUCAGUGGGAUGUCUAAAAAGAGUAGCAGCCAGCUCAAGGACAUCUUCCGGAUUCUCGACAAUGAUCAAAGUGGCUUUAUUGAGGAAGAUGAGCUCAAGUAUUUCCUUCAGAGGUUUGAGUGUGGAGCCAGAGUGUUAACCACCUCAGAAACGAAGACCUUCUUGGCAGCUGCAGAUCACGAUGGGGAUGGUAAAAUUGGGGCUGAAGAAUUCCAGGAAAUGGUGCAGUCUUAG